AUGAACCAAAGAACAAGGAGUGGGUUAAAGAUUAGCCUGAAAAGUUAUUGUGAAAGCUGGAGAAUAAUAAACGUUGAGCUGCAUAACAUCCAAGACUUCAAAGUUGUGCCAGAAGAAUGUGUCCCCUACAUGGGCAAUUAUGUUACAUCAAGCCAGUACCAAGUUGACUCCGAGAGGACAAUUGAAGAAUGCAGAUUAUAUGUCAGCACUACCGGCACUUUGAUGAAAGAUGGUAAAGACGCUAGGCUAUUUGAGAUUGAUGAUACUGUCUUAUCCACUCUGCCUUACUUCAAGAAACAUCAUUUCGGGGGCUCAGAUGAUGAGCUGAAUGAGGUGCAACAACGGAAGGCCAACGUGAGAGAACAAUUGAUCAGUGAUGGAUACCGCGUUUGGGGAAUCGUUGGAGACAAAUACAGCAGCUUUGAGGGACUUCCAAGAGUACGGAGGUCAUUCAAACUUCCAAAUCCAUUGUAUUAUGUUUCUUGA